GGAAACAUAGACCCAGCAAGGGAAGGGGUCCGUCGGGGUGGUUAGAGUCCAAGAGCCGACGGCGAACGUGCUCUCCUCUCCUCUCCUCGCCUCCCCUCCGGCUCUCUCUCCCCCUCUCCGCAUUCCGUCCCACCGCAUUCCGGGUAUAUUUAGCCGCGGCACAGGAGGGAUAACCUCCCUAGAGGCAGGAGCGGGGAGGCGCGCGAGCACCCGGACGGCCGUCUCCACCGUCGCUUCUCCGGCCGCCUUCCGUCCAGAUCCCUCUUCGCCCAGGUUUUCCUCGCCGUCCCCUUUCCGGCGCCGGUGGUGUCCUCUGACUUGUGCUCUGGAUCUGGGUGCGCGCAGACGGUCGGUCGGACAAGAUGAUGGGCGGCUUCGUCUCCAGGAUCCUCCUGCUGGUUUUUGGCUAUGCGUAUCCUGCAUACGAGUGCUACAAGACUGUUGAACUGAACAAACCUGAGAUCGAGCAACUCAUAUUCUGGUGUCAGUACUGGAUUUUAGUUGCCCUUAUGACGGUUAUGGAGAGGUUUGGAGAUUUAACAAUAUCAUGGCUACCAUUUUACUCAGAGGCAAAGCUGCUGUUCUUUAUAUACUUGUGGUACCCCAGGACAAAGGGGACUACCUACAUUUAUGGAACUUUCUUUAAACCAUACAUUUCACAGCAUGAGAAUGAAAUUGACCGUAAUUUGCUUGAGUUGAGAGCUCGGGCCAGCGAUGUUGUUGUCGUUUAUGUCCAGAAGGUUGCUGCUGUUGGACAGAAUACCUUCUUUGAUGUUUUGAAGUAUGUUGCGUCACAGUCACCAUCCCAGAAAUCAAAGCAACAACGUCCUCAGGAACCACAGCAGUCACAACCACAACCACAGGUACAGCAGCAGCAACCACAAAGGCAAGCGCAGCCUGUUAUGCGCAGAGCUGCAUCUAUUGCUGCACGGCAAGCAGCAAUGGCACAGCAAGCUCAAGAGACCAAGCCCAUUUCCCCCAAGUUCAAGCGUCAAGCAUCAGCAAAAGGUGGUCCAGCGGCAUCCACGAAACCCGCCGCGGCUGCUGCGCCCACAACAAAACCCGAUGAGAAGACAAAGAAAAGUGAGGCGAAGCCUGCCGCGGAGCUAGUGCCGGCUCCAGCCGCUGAAGCCGUUGUGCCAAGGCCCGAGCCUAAGGCCCAGCCUGCCCCUGAAGCCGAAGUAUCGGACGACAUGGCGAUCGAUGAGGCCAACGUUGCUGUGGAGGGCGCAGAAGAGGUUGACCCUGCACUAGAGGAGGAGACGGUCAUGGAGGAGACCAUCCGCGUGACACGUGCCAAGCUAAGGAGGCGUGCCGCCGCCGAGGGCCCCGCAUGA